AAAAAAUGUGGACAUGAAGGCAGACGACGAGGUCGACGAAAUUUGGGGUCGUCCUUUACCUCCAGUGUCUCAACACAAUGAGCACGCAGAUGGAGCUCCACUCCUGCUUACGCCAGAGGCACGCCCUCGGAGAGGACUGUCAUCGUCCAAAAAAGAGCACAAUAGUACACAACGACCGCUAGUAGCAGGAGUGCAGCA